AUGCCAAUGGCGGGUGAUCCUCUACAGGCCGAGGAGGCAGAGGUCGAGGGAUUGGAAGUCGGAAUGGAGGAGGUGGGUUUCCGCUACAACGGCCCCGAGCCAACCACCUUCGGGGACUGGGCGCAUAAAGGACGUGUCACAGACUUCUGA